GUCCCGAUGACGCGGAGCUGGCGGUGCCUGGCACUGGCACAGGCGGUGCCACCCGGUGCCACCGGGUCCCCAGGGGGGUCGGGGACACUGAGGGGGGGUCGGGCCCUGGCGGGGGGGUCCCCGCCGGGGUCGGUGGUGACCCCCUGCCCCCCUCGCUCCCGCAGCAGCCCCGGGCCCAGGCGAUGGCCGAGGACAGAGAUGUGCGGUUUGUCACCGAGGAAAGCUUUGACUUCGGGGUCCUGUCACCCUCCGACAGGAUGAAGAGGAGGACGAGGAGAGCCCGGGCGGGGGGUCCCGGCGCGGGGAGGGCGGGGGGCGCUGGAGCCCCCUGCGAGGGGCCCGCCUGGAGGAGAUGGUGCGGGAGGCCACGCGCUUGGCCGCCCAGCUCGAGGGGUGUCACCUGCCCCCCCCCGGCCCCGGGGACACCCCCGGCGCCGCCGCCGCCGCCGCCACCCCCCCGGGCAC